AAUAAUUCAAUGAGUUCUCGGGGAACUGAACUGCCACAACGCCACGUAGGCUUCGCAGACGACGACGAAAAAUUCGGAUUGUUUUGAAUCUGGUAAAAUUGUUUACAGCUAAUGUUAGAAAAAUGGAUCUUUCUGCCUUUGCUAAAGAACAAUUUUGUGCGAAAGAUUGGGUAAAUAACGCGUUCCGACAAUCGGAAGCCCAGUCUCACGAAAGCUUCGCAUCCUCGAUUGUCAUGAAACUGCAGCUUGCUAUAUUCGAAAUCAAUAGCAGUCUUGAAAAUACAAGCACCGCAGUUCUUUCCAGUCUUCCUCGACUUCUUAGGGACAUAGAACUUCUACAAAAUGAAGUGGUACACUUUCAAAGGAAGCUCGCAACAGUUGAGCAUGAAGUUGCCAAGGUUGAAAAUGAAACUACCCACUCACUUGAGUACAUAGUAAAACUUGAUGCUGUAAAAAGCAAGCUAAAAGCUACUUCUAAAGCUCUACAAGAAGCAGAUAACUGGACUACACUUAUGGCGGAUAUUGAAGAGUUAUUUGAGUCUAAUGACUUGAUGGCUUUAUCACUACGCCUUAGUAGCCUUAUGCAAAGCUUGGAUCUUCUUAAUCAUGUAAGUGAUUAUGGUGAAAGAAUGAUGCAACUUGAUGGACUGCGCAAUCGUCUCGAAGCGUUAGCAUCACCCUCGGUGGUGUCGGCAAUCUCUGCAGGAGAUGCUGUCAAAACUGCUGUCAUGGUGCAGGUGUUCAGCAAUAUGGACAGAUUGGAUCAGCUUUUGCAUUAUUAUACCAAGUGUCGACGGGGUGUUAUUCUGCACGAAUGGAAAGAACUGUGCGAAUUAGAUGACUUGAAUAUAGUUGAAGUGAUCAGUCGCUUUCAUGAACUAUUACUUGCAGAUCUGCAAGAGCAGACCGCAUGGUACCGAGGGGUCUUUAACCAAUAUCCAACUACCAUAAGUCGCGUCAUUUUGCCCAUUUACUCGCAAGCCAUGUCGGCCCUAGAUCCUAAUCCACUGAGCAGUCUGGAAUCGUUGAUUAAAAAACCGGCAGCUGCAGAGGCUUUAUUCAUGUUGCAACAAAUCAAGUCGUCUGCUGACAGACUCCUUCAAGGGGUAGAAGCUCAUUUUAAAGAUAUUGGCCCCAUCGAGGACGAAGUCUUCCGCCAGUUUAGCGACUCACUUUAUCAGCCAUUUCGACUUAUUAUUUCCAACAAGUAUAAAGCUUUAUGUCUCCAACACUUGCUCGAACAAUUCCCGGAACCUAUCGACGAUAGUACGGAGAUAACAGAAAGCAUUCAGACUUUACGACAAAGCCAUUCAAAAAUCAACAGUCUUGUGGAGUCUACACUUCAAAACUGUGUUGCACUUACACACGGAUACGGUUUGGAGCUGUUAAUCGAGGCUUGGAAUAGGUUUUUGGCCCACCAUUUGCAGCACUACAAAAGCCUACUUGACAAACUAAAGAACCUUAUGGAUCAUUCGGGGGAAGAUUCUUUACAUACCGCGCUUUCGUUACUCCAAACGUUAGGCGAACUUCUGCUGGCACUGGAAGAAAAUGAUUCCAUGUUUUCAGAUAUUGUGAAAACCUGUGGGAAGAAGCUUAGUCAAGACGGAGCUCCUCUCAGCUGCUGUAAAACUUUCUAUCUUGAACCCCAACCGCUCCAGCGACUUGAAACCCUCUUCAAACAGUGCAAGCAGAACGAAAGGUUCUGCUAUUUAAGUCCAACGAUAGCGGUAGCGUUGGAGCUUAAUUCAAAUAUUCAGUACAGUAUUAAGGUCACGUUGAUGAGUCCUAUCCACCAACAAAUUAACCAAUUGGGCAGCCGGGAAUGGGCUGACAUAAUCAGCGGUAGUGGUCUGACCGAAGAUUUGCCAGAAUUUGGACUAGCACCUAUGGAAUACAUAACGCAAAUUGGUCAAUAUCUAAUGAUGCUGCCACAGCACCUCGAGCCCUUUGUUCUGCAAGAGAACAGAGGGCUUACACGAGCGCUAUCGGAGCAUUCCUUCGCUCAUGGACAACCACCUGGCACAGGCCAUCCUGAGACAGGCCAGCAUCAGUCAAGUGCUACAGACUUCCUUCUAGGUUGUGUUGCCACGGCUUGUGCCAGUGCGUUGAGCGAUGCCAUUCUUCGCAUUGAGAGUGUAGGGCCUAAAGGUGCUAAGCAAUUGGCCGCUGAUAUCGAUUAUUUGGGAAAUAUUUUCGAAGAUUUAGGGUUGGUAUUGCCUGCUUCUCUAAUGGAACUUGCUGAACUGUUUCGGGCCGCGGCUGCAUCCAUUUUGUUGUCUGAUGUGGCAAGCUUCAAAUCCGCAAUAUGUGGGAAAGACCAUCGACUCGUUGCUGCUGUAAGAUCAAUCACCAACCUACCAUCGAGCGACUAGAGGUGUCAGCUGGUCUCGCCUAGUAUUACCAUUGCAUUUUUUCGGUAACGUGAUUCUUGUGACGUAUUUGCAUAAACCUUUAGGAAUGUUUAUCGUUAAGGAAAUUAAUUUUGUUCUGCAAUAUACGGGAAAUAUGAGGAUAAAGUAUUCAUUAAACUUAUAAUAAAUCUUUGCUUUUCCCACA